CUUCCGCUACAUUUCUUCUCUCAAAAUACUACAAAACAAACCCAGUUCACAGCCUACCUUUCAUACAAAAUAAAAGGAAGAAUGAUGGAUAUUUGGUCAUGGAUAUGCGAGCUCCCCAACUCGGACGAGUGGACCAAGUCGGACUCACCUUACCACCUUGACCUCUAUAGUUCACGCCAGAGUGAUCAUGACAAAACAACGCGGACAUUCCAACUCAGAGCUGAGCGAUUCUCUGGCUCAAACUCUGAGGCCUUGACUUUUACGGUAUGCUUAGGCGGCUUUCACUCCUUGAAGGACCAGAAGGUUCUCUGGACAUCCGACACGUGUCAUCUCUCUUCCGAAAAACCCUUCCUCCCCCUUGUGCUACAGCUUCUCCGCGAAAUCAUAACACGCUCACCCACGGCGCAUAAUAGUACCUGUCCCCGUUCAAAGCUUCAAGAACUCAAGCCCGAGCCGGUUUCGUGGAUAAUGGAGACUCACUCACCCGAGUCGUUCUCGAGCUUCUUUAAUCUACUCUUCCUGACUCGACUAUUCUGGUUGUGUGUGUGCGACGCGCCGAGUGAAGUAGGCUCGAUGUACUUCGAGUCCUUGCUUGGUCCGAACCUCGAAGCUUUGUCGUGUAUUCACGCGCAAGUUCUGCGAACCUUUUUGGUCACGGUGGGUGUAGAUGCGGAGGUCUGUUUCAUGCGCACCGUUGGGUACAUACUAGCAAAAUGGCUUAUUUUAAGACAGGUGGGAGUAGGAUUACAAACGUUAACACCCCUGCCAGGUCCUUUGGGGUUCUCUUAUGCAAUGGAGUCUCACGGCCUCUGGGUCUUGAAGGGUUUCUCGCCGGUGUUGGCGAUGAAGCCGGUAAACUCCAGUCCGAGUAGUAAAUUCCCUAUUGUCCAAGCCAAUGAAUCAGUGCUAAAAUACGCGUUGGCGCACCAGCAACUUGAGGCGGUUAUUCAGUUGGAGUAUUCCGUUAUGUUCCACGACGGUUAUAUUCAGGUUAAUGCGCGCGUUGAUAAUUUACGAUUCCACGUGGCGAAGUUAGGAUUUCGACAGAAUGAUGACGUGGAAUAUGGUGAGGAGAGGCAUUUCCCGUCCAGAGUUCGGGUCUGGGUCGGACCAGAGGUGGGCGCAACAUAUGUGGGCGGGUUGAGCUUGGGUCGAUCCACGGGUAAUGCCGAAAAAGAAGUUGAAAUGCACAGAAUUGUGAAGAGUAGUUCUGGGAAUUCAAAGGUGCCAAGAGUGAAAGCGGGGGCGAGAAUGACGACAAGGACGAAGAGGAAGAAUUGGAGGUGGGACCAGGAUGCGGAAGGGAACGCUGCCAUUUUCGACGCCGUUUUGUGCGACAACGUGACGGGGCAAGAAAUAUUGAGCGGAGGUGGCGGCUGCGGGGAAUUGAGAAACCGAUAUGGUGGAGAAAACAGGGCGUUUACUAAAACGGGUGGGUUGGUUCUUUGUGGAGAUGAGUGUGGGGGGAGAGUAGGUUGGAGAUUGAGCAAAGAAAUGGAAGGGAGUGUAUUGAAGUGGAGAAUUGGAGGGCAAGUUUGGUUAAGUUAUUGCCCUAAUCAUGUAAGGAGUUCGUAUUAUGAGACUAGGUGUGUGGAAUGGUGCGACGAGGUUGAUCUGCCUUUAAUUCCAUGAAAAUAGAGUUAGCAAUAGUAUGUAUAUAUUAUAUACACAUAUAUAUAUAUACAUACAAAUAUGUAUAUAUAUGAGACUACUUAAUUUAUAUUUGUGAAAUAUGUUCUGUCUCUUGAAUUGUUUUUCUGAUUGUGAAACUAAUACGGUAUAUGCUUC